AUGGGAUUGGCAUUCGUCCCCAGCCUGACUUUGGCAACUCCUACGGCGAAGGGCCAGCUGAUCUCGGAGAGCCUUUCUAAGCAGACGUGGAGGUACAUGGAGAAUGUCAUGCGGGCAAUGAGGAGAAGCUUGAAGGAGGAUUCCCAGACGUUGAGUUGGCAACUCCUGCCAGGCAUGCAAAUCCUGCUGAUCCAAUCGCUGUUGAAGCCCCCACUGAAUCUCAGCAGCCUGCUGCAUCUCAGCAGCCUGCCGCCACUGGCAGAAGCAAAGGAUCCAAGAAGAAGGGGGCCGCUGAUUCUGGGAGGGAGUAUGACCAGGCAACCAGGUGGUCUCAGCAUGAGGUCGGGGCUUGCUUGUCUAAAUAAAUGGGACAGCCUGCUGUCUGAGGUGAAGAAGGUCAAGUCUUACGAGACGCGGAGGCCGUCAGGGAAGCCGGGGUACUUCCAAAUGAACCAGACUGAGAAGCGAGAGGUGGCGCUUCCAGCUAAUGUAGACCAGCAAGUCUACAAUCUUGUGCUAGAUGCAACAGCUGGGAAGGCAAGCAUGACACCCCCAACGGUUCUGGAGUCCAGUUCCGAGGGUGAGCGUGGGGAGAAAAGGGAAGACGAUGAGGAUCCUGCUCCGAAAGAUGAAGCCUGGAUGUUUGGAGCAGCCAGACCCGAGGGCUCUCCUUUUGGGGAAGAGAAUGAGCGAGGUUUGAAGCGGAAGGGAAAGUGGGGGGAGCAGAGAAAGGAGCUUGCCAAUACCUUGAAGAGUAACGGGGAGGCGCUGGAGGUCCAGAUGCAGGCCAGCGAGGAGGGAAGGCAGAAGCGACAUGAAGCAACGCUAGAGAUCAGCAAGGAGCAGUGGCAGAUGGACAUGGCAUUGAGAAAGGAGCAACUAGAGAUAGAUAAGAAAAAAAUUGAGCUAGACACAAAGCAGGUGGAUGCCUUAUCACUAAUUGCACAGGCUUUUGCUAAGAUUGCUGAGAAGUAGUUGGAAGAACAGAACUACCAUUUAUGUUUUGUCUUAACAUUGUAUUCAAUCAAGCCCAC